AUGACUAGACAAAAGGUGAAACUUGCUUUCAUUGAGAAUGAUAAAGCAAGGAAAUUAGCAUUCAAUAAAAGGAAGAAGAGUUUGGUGAAGAAGGUUGAUGAACUAACAACCCUUUGCGGUAUCGAUGCUUGCGCUAUAAUUUAUGGCCCGUACGAUCCUCAACCUGAGAUCUGGCCAUCCUCGUCUGGAGUCGAAAGUGUGCUUUCGAAAUUCAAGGCAGUGCCUGAGUUUGAACAAAGCAAAAAGAUGGUGAAUCAAGAGAGGUUUCUGAAAGAAAGGAUUUUGAAGGCUGAAAAGAAACUCAAAAGGCAAUGCAGAGACAACAAAGAGAAAGAGACAGCCAUGCUCAUGUUUCAGUGUCUCAAUGCUGGAAACAUUGUGCAGAACAAUAUGCAGGUAGGUGAUUUGAAUGAUCUUUCUUGGAUGAUUGAUCAUAACUUGAGGGCUAUUGGAAGAAGGAUGGAAUCAGGUGAUAGGGAAAAUAUUAUUCAUCAAAAUCAAAGUGAAAAUCAAAUCUCCCCCGCUCAAAGCCAAGAACAAUUCCAAGUGGAACCACCACUGAUACUUCCACUGCCACCGCCACCACCAACCACGUCAAAUAAUGAAGAAAUUGCAAUGAUGAGUCAUGGUCAUCUCCAAAUAGCACCACCACUGCCACUACUUCCACCACCGCCACCACAUCCAACCGUGCCUAAUAAUGAAGAAAUUGCGGUGAUGGGUCAUGGCCAUGUUGGGAUGGCUAUGAAUAAUAAUGAUGAAUGGAGGUGA